AUGGAUAAUCACGUCAAGGAGGAUGAGCUUCGAGGGCCCAUAUCACUAUAUGAUGCUAGAAGAAAGAAUCAGAUGUUCAAAUUUGUUGCUGCCACAGCAUUCACAUUAUUCUUUUCAAGAUUGACUUCAAGAACGCUUAGCUCAUUGAAAUAUAAGCCAAAACUGUUUGAUUUCAAUGCCCCUCCAUCUACUCAAAGUUACAAUGGUGAAGCAGGCAAAGCCCUAUUUUUAUCGUCAGGUAUAACAACUGGUAUAUUCUCCAUGGCUAUUACUGGUUUCGCAUGGGUCUUCGACGUAUCAACACUACCUGAGUUCAAUGCUACAAUGAGAAACCUUUUUGGGAACAGAACGUUAAUCGAAGAUCCUAACGAACAGCUUCCCAUGGAUGACGACACGGCACAAGUCGUUCAAGAGUUUACAAAUAUCUUCAAAAAAUAA